GCCGUGAGAGCGUCGUCGGAAGCGUACAGAACAAUCAACAGUCGAUCUGGAUACAUCAGCCCCAUGUCUCUCGCUGCUACCUGGAUGCCCCUCGCCAUCUCGCAGAUAUUCCCAUCGGCUGCCCACACUCACAUUCACUGUUCGAGGAGUUACCAAUCAAAGCUUCGCCCUCGUUUCUCGUCGCUGAUCAGCGGGAUCUAUCCCGCGCCUGUCUCAUGCUGAGCACGGUCUCAGUGAAGGUCUUUGAACACAACACACCUUCACUUGCAGUCUCUGCACACUAACAAGUAGGAACGCGCUUGCUCUUAUGCUCACCAUUUGACUCCCUCUCCAGUACACCACACCACAUACACAAACAUGCUCCUGUUGGAUCUACCUCCAGAGGUAUUCGCGCGCGUCGUCACACACCUUGUGACUGGCGCGGGUAUCAUCGUCGCAUGGAAGCAUCGCAGAGUGUGCCGCACCUUCCGCCGAGCCAUCGAGUUUGAGACGCUCGCGAACCAGCCCAUCCGAGCGUUCCUCAAGACCAAAGAAGCCAGCGCCCGCAGCAUACUUAAACAGAAUGCUGCUCUCUACAUCAGCUACCGUCUGACCGUCGAGAAGAACGCAUACACAUUCCUCCCGCGUCUCAUGGGCAAAAUCUGCAACAUCGUAUGCGCCCCCCUCCCAGCAAACGCCUACGCAGCCCGUAGACAGCACGCCCGCACCCUCUGCCGCCUGCUCGUCAAAGAAGGCGGCUCCGACGUCCAACACCUCCUCGUCGUCAAGUCCCCUGAGCUCUCAUCAAAGUUCACCCACGUCAUCCCCAAAUACACCCACACCAAGCCCUCCAACAUCGUCGCCGCCGCCGCCGCAAUCGGCAGCCUGGCCGCGCUCCGCACCGCCCUCGCCGGCAACUUAAACCGCAUGUUCGACACCUCGCCGCUCUUCGGCUGCCCGCUCGCCGCCGCCGCUGCCCACAACCACUUCCCCAUCGUCGCCGCCGCCGUCAAGCACCUCGAGGCCCAGCACCCCCGCAAGCCCGUCGCGUACUACGAGUGGCACAUCGGCCACGCCGCCACCGCCGCGCUGGACCACGGCCACGCGCCCAUCGCGCUGCUGCUGCUCGACGUGCUGCACGCGUACGGGCUCUCCGUGUCGCGCGACGCGUGGGAGCACUGGAUGGCGCGGGCGCUGAGGGCGCGCGACGCGGCGCUGGUUCACCGCGUGCAGGCGCUGAUGCACUCGAGUCGGCGCGCGGCGAUGAAUGCGUUCACCGAGGCGUGUGCGGCGGGCGACGUCGGCGCGGUGCGGAUGUUUGUCCACGAGGGGUUUGUGUCGGUGCACAGCUCGUGGUCGUACAGCCACGGGCUGACGCCACUGCAGGCCGCCGUCGCAUCGAAGAAGGUCGAUGUCGUGGACGCCGUGUUGCAGCUGGGCGCGGAUCCCAACGGGGGCGCUAUGGACGAUUCGCAGCGACGGCCGCUGUGGAUGGCAGUCGAGAGCAAUGCUGAGGCGGUUGUGCAGAUCUUGCUGAGGUACGGGGCGGAUCCGAUGUUGGUCAAGGAGCCGUGGAAUGCGAAGACCAAGGCGUGGAAGGCGGCGCGGAACAGGAUCCUGUUUUACCUGGUCACCGCCGAGACGAGGCGGGCGGAGUACGUGCGCGCUCCUGAGCCCGUUACGUGGUUUGCCGCCGAUGCGCCGGAUCUGGUGCUGCCUGUCGAGGCUGACGAGGACACCAUGGUGCUGGACUAGGGAGGAGACAGUGGUUGCAGAUUCGGAACUCAGCAGUCUUCCGGCAAUCUCUGUGUGCUGAUACGAUACGAAACCUCGCCAGCGACUCCUCAGCAUAAUUCAUAGACCAACCUUUAAAAGCCCA